AUGGAUGUGCCGCACGAAGAAGCAAACCAGGGCACCAGUUCCUCCCAUCAGGAACAGCAAGAACAACAGGAGCAUCAAGAGCGACAGGAGCAACAGGAGCACCAUGAACCGCAAGAAUCAGAAGGGCAGCAGGGGCCGCUAGACAACACCUCUUCCACCCGACCUCCACCUCAGUCUUCGACAGGAUCUUCAUCAACCAUCGUGCCCAAAGGUCAAAACUUCCUUCCAGACUUACAAACGAAUACGCCCACAUCGAUCCCGAGACGAACGAGUCGGGCCACUUCAUCUGCUGCUCCUAGUGAGCGGAAUAGCAUAUCCAACUCCGAAACACCAUUUUCUCCUUGGAGCGUCGGGUCAGAGAAACAAUUGGGAUAUCACUCGGCUGCUUCAGAUAUUUCUGGGGACCGAGUUUUCCCCAUACGAUCCGUCAUCAGUGUCGACCCAAACUCUUGUAAGAUCACCAGUGAUAAUUAUUUCUCUAAUAUGCCCGAACAUGAUGGCCGAACUAUUCCUAUCCAGAUCCCAGGUGCUUCCCAAGCUGACACAGGAUCAGAUCUGAAACGUUCAGACACUGUCCCAGCUAAUUACCAUUCACGUGCUCACAGCGAGCGCCUCGAUGCUAUCACGCGCAGGAAGAAUACCAUGAGCGGUCCCAUGUCGAGUAUCCAACUGGAUGCAACCCGCCAUGGAAGCAGUACGGCACCGUUGGAACUCGACAUAUCCACGUCAGACAACGACACAGAAACAGAUGAAUCAGGACCAAUGGGCAAUAAGUAUCCUGGCCUUGCACCGGCUCAACUUGAGCCCGAUGGUUCUUCCGCAGGAAAUUCUAGUAUUGAUAUCCCACACGUCACUUCUCGUUUCACCCAUGCUGUGACCGAUGACGGUCAUGCAGUCAUUACUGGCCGUGACGGCGUCCUCCAACGAUGCGAAGAUGAACCGAUUCAUACUCCUGGUGCGGUCCAAUCAUUUGGUGCUCUCGUUGCCCUUCGCGAAGAGAACGAUGGCUGUUUCGUCGCGCGAUACGUCAGCGAGAAUUCUGAGCGAAUGUUGGGCUAUACACCUAAACAACUUUUUCAGCUCAGGAAUUUUCUGGAUAUUUUAACAGAAGAGCAACAGGACAAUCUUCUCGACCACAUCGACUUUAUACGCGAUGAAGACGCAGAUCCCGCUGUCAAUGGACCUGAAGUUUUCAGUUUAUCGGUUCGAUCCCCCAAGCGCAAGGGUACAAAGCUCUGGUGUGCUAUCCAUAUAAACCCAGCACACCCCGAUUUAAUCGUCUGCGAAUUCGAACUGGAUGACGAUGUUGAGUAUCCUCUCCGCCCAGUGGAUGAGAUGACGCCCGACACGCCCCAUGACACUUUGCAAUCGAAUCCAACUUUGGAGGAGAUCGAAGACAGCACACAAAUUCUCAGCAAACCUUUGAGAAUUUUGCGCAGCGCGCGGAAGAGACGGGGCGAGCAAGGAGCCAUGCAAGUAUUUGAUAUCAUGUCCCAGGUCCAGGAGCAGCUCUCAUCAGCCCCUAAUCUUGAAGCAUUCCUUAAGAUUCUGGUGGGCAUAGUCAAAGAAUUGACUGGGUUUCAUCGUGUCAUGAUCUACCAGUUCGAUUCUUCCUUCAACGGAAAAGUGGUGACAGAGCUCGUCGACACAUCCAUGACGAGGGACUUGUACAAAGGCCUUCACUUUCCUGCUUCGGACAUCCCACGACAAGCUCGAGAGUUGUAUAAGCUCAACAAAGUCAGAUUGCUUUAUGAUCGAGAUCAGGACACUGCCCGAAUCGUAUGCCGGACCAAGGAAGACCUUGAUGCCCCCCUGGACAUGAGCCAUUCUUACUUACGAGCCAUGUCCCCAAUUCAUAUCAAAUACCUGAAAAAUAUGGCCGUGCGGUCUUCCAUGUCGAUAUCGAUCAAUGCAUUCAGCGAGUUAUGGGGACUCAUCUCUUGUCACUCGUAUGGUAAUCACGGCAUGCGAGUGUCUUUCCCCAUUCGAAAGAUGUGUCGUCUCGUUGGAGACACUGCAUCGAGGAACAUCGAGAGACUUUCCUAUGCUUCACGACUGCAAGCCCGCAAGUUAAUCAACACUGCACCCUCAGACAAGAACCCAUCCGGGUAUAUCAUAGCAUCCUCGGAGGAUUUAUUAAAACUCUUUGAUGCCGACUUCGGGUUGUUGUCAAUCAAGGGUGAGACCAAGAUCAUGGGCAACGUCCAAGAGAGUCAAGAGGCGCUGGCAAUGCUGGAAUAUCUCCGAAUGCGGCAACUUACAUCUGUGGUGGCUUCACAGGAUGUCAGAGAAGACUUUCCUGACUUGAGAUACCCACCUGGCUUUCAGGUAGUAGCCGGACUGCUCUACGUUCCUCUGAGUGUUGGUGGCAACGACUUCAUUGUUUUCUUCCGGAAGGGACAAAUUAAGGAGGUCAAAUGGGCCGGCAACCCUUAUGAAAAGUUUGUUCGAGAGGGAACUGCUGGCUAUCUUGAGCCGAGAAAGAGCUUCAAGACAUGGAACGAGACCAUUGUUGGCAAAUGUCGCGAUUGGAAUGAGGAGCAAGUAGAGACUGCGGCUGUGCUCUGUCUCGUUUACGGAAAAUUCAUCGAGGUUUGGAGGCAAAAGGAAAUGGCUAUCCAGAACAGUAAGCUAACCCAAUUGCUCCUUGCCAACUCCGCCCACGAGGUUCGCACACCUCUGAAUGCAAUUAUCAACUAUCUGGAGAUCGCCCUUGAGGGUACUCUAGACCAAGAAACUCGGGAAAACCUCGCCAGGUCUCAUUCCGCUUCCAAGUCCUUAAUUUAUGUCAUCAAUGACCUAUUAGAUUUGACAAAGACAGAAGAAGGGCAGAAUCUAGUCAAAGACGAGGUUUUUGAUCUCGCCAAUUGUAUUAGAGAAGCAGCGGGACCUUUCCUCAACGAUGCAAAACGUAAGGGAAUUCACUACACAAUCAUUCAACAUCCAGGAUUACCUCAGUUCGUACAUGGCGACGAGCGACGAAUUCGUCAAGCACUUUCCAACGUCACAGCAAACGCGGUGGCACACACGCACGAGGGCCAUGUAAAGGUGGAGGUUUUUGUGUCAGAACUCAAAGAUCAGCAGGCUGUGGUCGACUUUGUUGUUGAGGAUUCGGGCAUCGGCAUGAGCGCUGGUCAGCUUGACUCAUUGUUCCGCGAUCUCGAGCAGGUCAGCACAGAGGAAUCACCGAGGACAAGCACUCAUUUGGAGCAAAUGCCUCAUGAAAUGCGUACCCUGGGACUUGGCCUCGCUGUUGUUGCCCGUAUCGUUCGAAACAUGGACGGACAGCUUCGCUUAAAGUCUGAGGUUGGCCAAGGCUCAAGAUUUGUGGUCCAACUUCCUUUCCUCCUUUCUAAUGAGUCUCCCAGUUCGCAAUGUGAUGAUGGUGCAGCACCAAGUGGCCCAACAAACCAAUCUUCAAAUACCCGCGAAAGCGCUAACAGUCAAACAUCUGUCGUUGCUUCUAUGCCAGUUGCGCCAGAAGGUGAAAUCACUCUCGUUGACGGAGGUAGCUUCAUGCACUCUGCUAUCGAGGGCGGCGACGCUUCAGUACAGAAACAAAGCAGGGCAAGCCAACGAAGCAUGAGUAGCCGUGCCAGUCGUGGAAGUGAGCAAAGUGACGCCGAUCGGCUUAUCAAUGCGAUCUCUACUCCAUUUUCUUUGCACGACAAAGAGGGUACUGAGUUUCCUCUCUCAAACUCUGGAAGCACUUCCAUUCGGCCCACAUCUCGUGGUGUCGUUAGCACUGGCAGUGCCGAUGCUCGAUCCAACAGUCCAUCCAAUCGAAGUCCUGUUGCGGCGAAACCACGUAGUGAGCCUGGUAGUGCUAACGUUUUGGAUUCGAAAACCCCGAUUCGCGCGGUCAAGAUGCCCGACGAUUACACCAAUGUACCUGCGAAGCCGCAGACCAACGAGCAAUCCAGAAUACUGUUCGAGAUGAAAAACACUGAUCGACCUGCACCAAAGACUGCUACAGAAAGUGUUACUAGUGCAGGAACUCAAGUGACUGAACAGCAGCACCUUGAGGUUCUUGUCGCUGAAGACGAUCCAAUCAACAUGAAAAUCUUGAGGAAGCGUUUGGAGAGAGUUGGCCACGGCGUGCAUCACACUGUAAAUGGAGAAGAUUGUGCUGCAGCUUAUCGCGAAAGAUCAAAUGAUUUUGACGUUGUCCUUAUGGAUAUGCAAAUGCCAAUUGUUGACGGUCUGACAAGUACAAAGAUGAUCAGGUCCAUUGAGAAAUCUGGGGAGCAUCAUGGUCACUCGCCGUUAGCUGGUACCAAUCAUCGCAUUCCAAUCUUCGCCGUUUCAGCUUCUCUUAUUGAACGUGAGAAGCAGAAAUAUAUCGAUGCUGGAUUUGAUGGAUGGAUCCUCAAGCCCAUCGAUUUCAAGCGCCUCAACACUUUACUGGCUGGUAUCUCUGAAGAAGAAAUCCGCAGCUCUUGCCUCUAUGAACAAGGCCAAUGGGAGCGUGGAGGCUGGUUUCUUCCAAGGUGCAGUGUCGGCGGCUCAGAAACUAGUGAUGCGACUACACCAAGGGCCGAGUCCGAGGCGAAAGACAAAGAUAUUGGCGAAACCGCUGCUCCCGCCGAAGAUGGUAAGGCAGAGGGUGACGACAAUGAAACCACACCAAGUUCCUGA